AUGUACUUCGUUGCGCUCAGUCAGGGCGUUGGCGCUCGUUUCGCAAAACUACGAGAGCCAGUUUUAGAGGCACUGGCAACAAAACCUAUACCAUUGCUAGCGCUGAGCUGUGUGCUUGUCGCGUUGCUCUCUAUAUUCUGGGUGCUGCGUACCUGGAGAAAGGAAACAACUCUUGUAAAGCCGAGUCCCAAGUCGUACCCGCCUUUGCCAAAAGAUGCUUACGAUGUUUGCAUAGUAGGCGCUGGACCGGCCGGUUCAGUGACUGCGUACUUUUGUGCGCGGGCGGGCUUACGUGUUCUUCUCCUAGAGAAGAAAAAGUUUCCCCGCCAGAAAAUCUGCGGUGAUGCCGUGUGCACGCUGGCACAAGAUAUAAUGGAGAGAAUGGAGAGUGCGACCGGUAAAGGCAGCGUACUGGACGAGAUUCUACGCGAAGGCAAGGGCCACCCGGCAUCGAACGGGGGACUCGUCUCGCCCGCUGGCUAUUCUUAUAUCGGUAACUCGGUCGGUGAGGGUGAUUCCGGUAAAUUGGCUCGAUCUGCAGUCAUUGCGAUAAAGCGCAUCGUACUGGACGAGAAGUUGGCAAGAUCAGCCGCUUACGCUGGCGCGAAUCUCCUCGAAGAGGUAAGUGUAGAGAGCGCGCGUUUCGACACAGGAAAGGCUUUAUGGAGCAUUAGCGGUGAGCGAACUGGAAGCGCUCCUGAGGAGGCCUCUUACCAGGCUCGGGUGUUGGUUUGUGCCGAUGGAGCGCCAUCAAGGUUGGCAAUGCAGCUUGGUAUUGUGAAAGAGGCGCCUCAGGGUACGUGCUCUCGCGCGUAUGUGAAGGCCGGCUCACACAAUUAUGCUGCGGAUGGAACGGUGAUCUACAAUCUGAACCUGUUACCGGGCUACAUGGCUAUUUUCCGGGAAGUGAACGACGAGCUGAACUAUUGCUGUUACAUCAUCCCUGGUAAUCCGCGGGUGCGUAACGAUGAUUUGAGCCGCCUGCAUCACGGGUUCGUGAAAGAGGACUUCUAUUUAUCGCGAGCGCUCGGCCCCAGGGCAGAGUUAGAGCCCAUGAAGGCUGGCUCUUUGCGACUGGGUGGUGUGCCACGAUCCUAUGCGGAUAAUUUGCUGAUCGUUGGUGAUGCUGCUGGCUUCAUCGAUCCCCUGACUGGCGAGGGCAUCCAUCAUGCAAUGGAUUCCGGAGUGAUGGCUGCAGAGGUGCUCAAAGAAGCAUUCAAACAUUCGGACUUGUCCGCCCGUUUCCUGUCCAACUAUCAACGUCGCUGGAUGCGGGCUUUUGGCUAUGACUUCAAAGCGAGCAUGCGGCUCGCCCAAAUUCUGUAUCGCUUCCCAAUUCUGCUGGAUGCGGCGACGCUGUGCAUUGAGAAGCAAGGUGAUGAAUUCUUGGCGGAAUGGGCGCGCAUCAUGACUGGCCAGCGGCCUAAGAGCCAACUCUUCCGGCCGUAUAUCAUGUUCGCCAUGGCAAAGGAGCUAAUUUUAUUGGUUAUCCUACGUACGCUUGGGCUCGAAAGGAAGCCCAUAGAUGACGUUCGGAAACACCAGUGA